CUGAUACGGAAAAAAAAUUAGCUGAUACGGAAAAAAAAUUAGCUGAUACGGAAAAAAAAUUAGCUGAUACGGAAAAAAAAUUAAACAUUUUUCCCUCCGAAAGCGACCUUUCUUUAAUUGAAAGAGUUUACCGGGAACUCAAAGAACUUAUUACCGAAGAAUUAAGAAUUAAGGUUGAAGAACAAAAAGAAGGAACAUUAGCCACCUUUAUUAAAGAUAAAAUUAAAGAAGAGGGAAAAAGGAAUAUCUUCAACGACAAAUGGAACAGCAAUGUGCAAGAGAUUAAUGAAGGUAUAAUAAAAAUUUUUUCGCAAGAAGUGUUAACCGGGAGAAAAGACAGAAAAAAAGAAGAAGGAGAGUUGGGCAAAGUCGGUGGAUCUAACAAUUUUGUAGAAAAAGCGAAUCAGGAAAACCCUAAUUCUAUUAAUAAUUUUCUUGUGUUUUCUUGUGUUUUCUUAGUAGCAAUCGUUGUUGCAGUUAUUCUUUUAGCUUUUUCAGAACCGAAAAAAAGAGGAAAGAAAGAGGAAACCAAAAAAUCUGCGGCAGCCGCAGUCUGCAAAACUGCUAUUUCGUCGGUGCAAGUCCGACCAGUUCCUCCAAUUGCGCUUGUAGCUCAGGGGACGAGAGCGUUUGACUUCGGAUCAAAAGGUCGUGGGUUCAAAUCCUACCAAGCGUGCCAGAAAAAUGAACUAAAAAAAUGGAUGGAAAUUAAAAUCAUCACCCAAGCAAGAAAAAAAUUACGAGGCUACCGGAUUAUUAAGGAAUUUAUUAGUGGUUUAGUGCUGAGCGGCCAAGAAAUAAAAUCUCUUCGCAAUUACCAAAGUUCGAUUGAUGAAGCGUAUGUUAUGCCCCAAGACGGCGAGGUAUAUAUUGUUAAUAUGAAUAUUACUCCUUAUAAGUAUUCUCGUGGUGAUAAUUUCGGGGGCAAAAGAAAAAGAAAGUUGCUUCUUACUCGUCAGGAAAUAAAGGAUUUAAUUUAUCAAACUCGGGCGAAAACCAAAUUAAAGAUUGCUCUGGCCCAACAUUUAAGAAAAUACCAAAUUAAAGAAAAGAUUAAAGAAAAAGAAAUAAGGAGAAAGAUUAAGAAAAAGGAUUUUUGCGGAUCUUUAGAACUACGACAACAAUUGAUAAAAACUGAUAAGGCUGAAUACUCUUGUGGUUUGGCUAAUCAGCGGAAGGCUACUUCUUUUUGCACUAAAAAAACCAAGUGUUCGGAUCAAUCGGACACCGAGCUACAAUUUUUUGAAGAUAAGCCGGUUCGAAAAGAAAAUUUUGCCCCCACUUUUUACGGGGAAAGAAAGUAUCACGAUUUUAAUGAGCCAACAAUUGAAGAUAGAGCUUACGACCAAUACCUCAAAGAAUUAGAACGGUUGGAAAAAGAGUAUGAUUUUAUUUUUCCUAACUCGCCUACCAAAAAAAUCGGUUAUUCUCGAAGUGAAAAAUUAGCCCCAGUUUAUCGGAAAAUACCUAUGUUAAGUUUGGAUAGUGUUGAUAGUUUUGAAGAAUUACUACGUUUUGAUGAAAGAACAAAAAAAACCCUAAAAAAUAAGGGAGAUAUUGAGUAUCUUUGUGAUCUUAAUUAUCAAAAUCACCGCUUAGUUCAAAUCAGCACACGAGGAAACGUGCGGGGUGAAGUUUACAUGAAAAAAGAGGAAUUUUCUCGACUUAAUAAGGAGUUGGCAGAAAAUAGCAGUCGAUUACUAGCCAAUCCUCGUAAUGCGGCCGCCGGAAGUUUAAGAGCCCUCGUUCCCUUACAAGACAGACAAAGUCAACUGGAAUGUUUACAACAAUUAGAAAAAUUGGGAUUUGCAGUUAGCCCUGAUUACCGUCGGGUUUCUAAUAUCAGGGAAGCCCAAAAGUUAAUUCAUCAGCAGGAAAAAAAACGAGAAGAUUUGAAUUUUGAAAAUGAUGGAAUUGUGAUAAAAUUUCCGGCUUCGACGAUUACUAGCCAAAUCAAAAAUAUUUAUACACAAGUAAGUCGAGGAGGACGUAUCACUUAUGUGGCCGAAAUAAUUCCAGUAACGUUGCUAGGAAGCAAAAUAAGCAAAGCCACUCUCCAUAACUAUGCUUUUAUUCGUAAUUUGUCACUCAAUAUUGGCGAUGAAGUGGUAAUCAAAAAGGCGGGUGAUGUAAUUCCCCCAAGUCAGUCAAGUUAUUAA